UAUAUUGUGCUUGCAAUAAUGCCCAACCGAGUUUGCGCUUGGAGGAAGUUUGAUGCUGCUGCAUUCAUCUGAAGGUGCGGCGCCUAGGUACUUCACCAUGGCACUUUAUUUGGAAAAUUCGUGGUCAAACACCAUGAAAAUAGCAAUCAACAAAAGUCAAUUAAUUGCUUUUCAGAUGUCACGAUUUCAUCGCAUAUGAUUUGAUGGAAAGUCGCAUCUGAGAUUCGGAGAGAUUCGCACUGCACUCACUGCCUUGGCACAAUCUCUCCCACUGGCACUCACAUCGUGAUCCACCGCCGUCCUGGCAUCCCUUGCUGGGUCCGCAGUCAUAAGUGAGGCUGGCCGGUAAGUGAAGUGUGUUGCUGGCACAUAUCACAGAUGCGACUCCACUUCUCUCCAAGGUCCGUCCAACCAAGACUCCCCCAAUCUAAACUCCCCCCCAAUUCACCUUCAACCUGUUUCGUUUGCUGGGAAUUGGCGAGGGUUCCCAUCUUGAUAAUAACCGACCAUCCGCCCCCAUCUCGAAUCUUUCUUUUCUAAUCUUUCAGAUUCGUCUCAUCGUACUUGUACAUACAUAACGUACUACGGACAUCCAUUCAUUCGUUAAAACAACAUCGAGAGAGGCGAUUAAUACUACUAGUAAUCAGAAAUACACAUACAAACAACAACAUGCGCUUCAGUACACUGAUAGCCGCCUUUAUGGUUGGCGCUGUCACGGCAGCACCUCCAUCCGCAACUCUUCAAAAACGGGGUGUGGCUUUCAAUUGGGGUAAAGACAAAGUGAGAGGUCUGAAUAUUGGAGGUUGGCUUCUACUCGAACCAUGGAUCAGUAAGAAUCCCUCACCUUCGCAAAAAUUGAUAGUUACUAACAAACUUCCCAGCUCCAUCAAUCUUCCAAAAACUCGAUCAAUCCCUCAACAUCGUCGACGAGAUGACAUUAACCGGCAAACUGGGUAAAGACAAAGCCCUCGAGAUCCUCAGACCCCAUUGGGACACCUUCUGCACCUUCAAGGACUUCAAAAAGAUUGCCGAUGCCGGCUUCAACAUGGUCCGUCUCCCAGUCGGAUACUGGGCCUACCUGGACGUAGGAGAAACCUACACCACGGGCCAAGCACCCUACGUCGACGCCGCCAUCGACUGGGCGCGCGCAACGGGCUUGAAAAUCGUCAUUGACCUCCACGGCGCGCCCAAAUCGCAGAACGGCUUCGACAACAGCGGUCAACGGAUCAAGACCCCAGGGUUCCAGCAGGGCGAUUCGGUCGCGCAGACGCUGCAGGUUCUGGAUAUGAUUUCGAAGAAGUAUGCUCAGCCUGCGUAUCAGGAUGUCGUUAUUGCCAUCCAGCUCCUCAAUGAACCUCUGGGGUCGGCGCUGGAUAUGAAGAAUCUGGAGGAUUUUUAUAGGAAGGGGUUUGAGCAGGUGAGGAAUGUUAGUGAUACGCCUGUCAUGUUCCAUGAUGCGUUUAUCCAACCGAAACUUUGGAAUGGAUUCCUCUCCGUGUCGGAUAAGAAUGCUCAGCAUGGUAAGUUCUUUCCUAUCCCAACAGUUUCUCUUUGAGAAAGAGAAAAAGAAUGGAAUCUGAUAUAUAAACAGUCAUCGUCGACCACCACGAAUACCAAAUCUUCAACAACGACCUCGUCGCCCUCCAACCCUGGGAACACCGCCAACACGUCUGCAACAACGCCGCCUCCUACGCCUCCGGAGCCGACAAAUGGACCAUCGUCGGCGAAUGGACAGCCGCCAUGACGGACUGCGCGCCCGCCCUGAACGGGUACGGUAUUGGCGCACGCUACGACGGGUCCUUCCCCGACUCCAAGUUCGUGGGUUCCUGCAAGGGGAAGAACAAUAUCCUCGAGUGGGAUGCCACAUUUAAGGGCGAUAUGAGGGGGUAUCUGGAGGCCCAGCUUAGUACGUUUGAGUCGCAUACUCAAGGGUGGGUUUUCUGGAAUUUCAAGACGGAGAGUGCGCAUGAGUGGGAUGCGUUUGCGUUGCUUGAUAAUGGGGUGUUCCCGCAGCCGUUGACGAAGUAUGAGUUUAAUGCUAUUUGCUCUAUCUGAGAGGAUUUGGCUUGGGAAUGGAUGGAUGGUCUGUUGAGUGGACCUUUUUGAGGGGAUGUAUAUUAUGGUGGUGCUGAUGGUGGUGGUGCUUCAUUUCGUGCUGGCAUUCUUUGGCAACUUUUUCUUUUUUUGUUCAUGGGGAUGAAGGGGUUUGAUGAUUUAUUGAAUGAGUAAUUGGGAUGGAUUUGAGGUUUGGGGGAUUAAAUGCGGGUUUACGGGGCUUGGAUUGCGAUGCUUACAGCAAUAAGAAAGAAAGAAAGAAGUGAGAAGAAACGGUUGAUAGAGGGGGGGAUUUGAUGGAAGGGAGGAUUCACAUAUACCCAUGGGAGACAGAUGAGACUGAGAGUUCUUACAUAAGUACAUAAGUACAUAUGUACAUUGAGCGAAGAUACCUUGAUUGAUCGAUAGAUAGAGAGAUAGUCUUUAAAUUAAUU